CCCUGUCCUCGUGCGUCCGAGCUGUACAGCCGUCUGCGCCCGAUCCUGUCGUGGCACCAUUGCGCGAUCUGAAAUGGGGGCAGCUCAAUUUCCUUCAUACCACAGACACGCAUGGCUGGCUAGCUGGUCAUCUGCAAGAACCCUCGUACUCGGCGGAUUGGGGUGACUAUGUUUCCUUUGCCUCCCGCAUGCGCGAGAAGGCAGAGUCCGUGGGUUCGGAUCUAUUAGUGAUCGAUACCGGUGACAGGGUGGAAGGAAAUGGGCUUUACGACUCGUCGGAACCUAAGGGCAUCUAUGUCUCUGAGAUCUUGCGACAGCAACACAUUGACCUGAUCUCGUCAGGCAAUCAUGAGCUGUAUAAGCAGUCAACGUCAGAAGCCGAGUUUUACACCACGGUGGCCAAUUUUCGUGGAAACUAUUUAGCCUCAAAUAUUGACAUCUUUCACCCGGUCCUCAAGGUCUUUGUACCCUUGGCACCGCGCUUCAAGAAGUUCACCACCAAGCAACAGGGCAUACGUAUUAUUGCAUUUGGAUUUCUUUUCGACUUCAAAAAGAACAACAAUAACACUGUUGUCCGGCCCGUGCAGAAGACAAUCAAGGAGGAAUGGUUCCAGGAUGCCAUUAGGGACAAAGAGGUGGACCUCUUUCUGGUGAUUGGACAUGCCCCCGUACGCUCGGAUGAGUUUCAUGACAUAUACUGGGAAAUAAGAUCUAUUCGUUGGGAUACACCAAUUCAGUUCUUCGGCGGCCAUUACCACAUCCGAGACUACGUCCGAUUCGAUUCCAAGGCCUACGGCCUUGCCAGUGGCCGGUUCAUGGAAACAAUUGGAUUCAUGUCAAUCGACGGUCUUUCUACUGGCACUCACCACAUGCAGUCCGCCUUAGCAGCUCCCCGUUUCAAUCGAAAAUACAUCGAUAAUAAUCUCCUGUCUUUCUAUCAUCACACAGGUCUCAAUGAGGACACAUUCCCCACGGAGCAGGGAACAAAUGUUUCCCUGAUUAUUCAAGAUUCCCGAAGCGCCCUUCAGCUGGAUAAGGUGCUCGGAUGUGCCCCACGAGACCUCUGGAUGUCCCGAGUCAAAUAUCCGGAUGAUGAUAGUAUCUAUACCUGGCUAGAGAAAGAAGUGCUGCCUGCGUCAUUGGGAGAUGAUUCUCGUGCUGGGAAGCCAGCACUCGCUAUAGUCAACACCGGUGCUAUUCGCUUUGAUAUAUUCAAGGGCCCCUUCACCCAGGAUACUACAUACAUUGUUUCUCCAUUCACAAGCGGUUUUCGUUACGUGAAAGACAUCCCAUACAAAAAAGCCAGUUUUGUCAGCGAGGUGCUAAACAAGCUACCCGGGAUCUUGAUGCAAAACCAUCAAGUUGACUUUCCAGCAGAGCAACUUGCACCCCCCGAGCAGUCAGCGUAUACCCAUGAUGACGUUGGCGGUAAUGGUGGUCGAUCAGACACCAGUUUUCUUGCCAAUCAAGCCUCAUCCCUAAAUAGUGGCUAUGCUGAGCCUAAUCUUAUUCCCGGGUACACUACCAAAGACGAUGGAGGCGCCGAUGGUGAUGACACUGUCCACUCGCGUAUCCCCUUUUACCACGUGCCGAAUUGUAUCCAGGCAUUGGCUUCCUCAGAUACACCUGCAACUCCGGAUACGGUGGACCUUGUCUAUAUCGAUUUCAUAGAGUCCGACGUGGCUAUGGCGGCUACGUUCGCGGGACUGACUGUUGAUUUCACGCAUGAUAGUGACGUCUAUAUGCCGUCUACAACGUUAACUACUUUGAUAUCGGACUGGAUAAAAGAUAACUGGGCAUGUGAUGAGGCUUGAGACGGCCCGUUCCAAUUGCCUCACACUUCGUAACUGGUAUAUGGGCUUGGAUCGUCUGAUGGGGGGUCACUGGAUUUUAUUCUCUUAGACGAGUUGUUUGGUCUUUCGCACACAGCAAGAUGGCAAUGGUCUAUGCUUAGAUAGUUAGAUGUUAGGUCUCUUCUCUAACUGGUGAGAAGGACUAUGGGUAAGUAGGUAAUAGAUAUCCAUCAGCCAAGCUUUUCAC